AUGGCGGCAUUCCGCGGCGCUCUCUGUGGCAUUGUGCUCCUUCUUUCCGUUUCUUCGGCCCUGGUGCAGGGUCAGCCGGCCCCCGAAGAGACGACAAACAGCCCCUCCGCAACGGCUCCCCCGGCUCCGCCGCCGCUCGCCAAGUGCGCUGUGCCUGCGCACCGGCAAGCCUGCACGUUGGAUUUGUCUUCCGGUCAGACGGGGUCGUUUGAAUGUCAGUAUAUGCUCCCGAGCCCGACGAUGCAGAAGGUAUACACCACAGAGGGCGACUCGGCGGCGAUCACUGAGCUGGUGCCUGAAGUCCACGUGGAGCGGAAAAACGCGGCGACGUCCAUCACGAUCCCCGCAGAUUUCAAGAAGAGCGUGUGCUUCGCCAUGACCUGCUCCCAAAUCAACUCCGUGGCUACGCAAGCCGCGGUGGGCACCCCCUCGAGAGAAGACGCCAUGAAGCUCGUAAGAUACACCGUGCUGGUGCGCGUGAACGGCGGAGUCCCAGAGUGCGAGGACGAGCCGGCGCUGAAGCGGAACACCUCCCCCAAUCCCAGCGAUUCGGCUUGA